UCGCAGCGAAACGAACGUGAACUUGCAGUAGUGAUAAGUGAAGUGCAAAGAGAACAAUAUUUGUAUUAAUACUAAACACAAAUCUAAAUAUGAUGUGCAAAGUGAUUUUGAUUACAGCCAUUUUGGCCAUUUUUAAUGGACAAUUUGCAACAGCCGAUUUGUUGACUUGCCAAAAUGCAACCAGUUUGGAUUUUAAUAACACCCAAUUGGCUGGCACUUGGUUCGAAGUGGCUCGCAAUCCUGCUCCCAGUGUUACAUGUGUUGAGAUUACCGCCAGUUUGUAUACAAACGCGACAAAUGCCUCAACCACCACCUACUUUGGCCUGGACAUCUUGCAGUCGUCUUCAAACGUAUCGACAUAUCAAGAUAAUGAAUUGAUAGCCAAUUUCACAUUGGAUGUUAAUGGCACACAGGGAUACAAUGUCACCCUCUUGAAGAACGGAGUUGCCCAAACUCCAUAUUUCGUUAAAAUCUUGGACCUCAAUGCCACUUCCGGUUUCCUCUACGGUUGCUCAUACACAAAUGCUACGGCUGGAGCCACUGAAGGCGUCGGCUUUAUUUUGAGCAAGGCAACGUCCAUCAACUCUACCCUAUUGUCUGAGGGCAACAAUAAUGCCUCGUUGUCCUACAGUGUCUUCCAAAAUGGCUCCUUUUACAAUGUGACCCAAACUGGCUGCUACAGAAGCUCUGCUAGUCAGGCUCUUCCUGUGAUUUCCGGCUUGUUUGCUCUAAUUAUGUUGCUGAUUAAUCGUAAUUAGAACUACAAAUUGUUAAUACUUUUUGCCACCAGCUUUAUCUAACAAAUACUGUAUUGUAAUUGCCUCAAUAGUUUCAACAAUCUUGCCAGUAAGAUCUUAUUUCUCCGGCCUCUUUUAUUUAGUUUUUUAAUUUAUUAGAAAUGAAUGUAUAAUAAAAACAAAAAACUAAGUACGUUCGUGACUCAUUUUUGGAUGAAAACCCCCCAUAA